ACAAAAUUUUAAAAACAAAAGCAGUAGGGACAGUGAAAUCAUUUUUUUUUUUUAAUUACUCCAAUGAAUUGGUCUGUCGUACCAUUUGGUGCUUUAAAAUACAGAGAAGUUAACUCGUGAUUCCCCUAAUAACCCCACCCCCACAUAGGGGAUAAAACUAUAUACACAAUGUAUAGGCUAAAUUGAAUUGUUUCAGUGAGAGAGACUUGUCAUUUGCCAGCUUUGGACCUUGUUGCUUUUCAUUCAUUCAAUGCAAAGAAAGAAGCCAUGCUAGACCUUUGUGAUCUGCAAAUCCAUGUGAAUGGCCAACAAACAUUCUUUCUGCACCAGAAAGUAUUAUCAAGAUUCUGCGGGAAGUUGAGGAAGAUAAUAAAGGAAGAAAAACGGAAAAGUCGGAUAAGGAUAUCAGGAAUAGAUAUUGAUGAUUUCCCAGGUGGGCCUCAAGAUUUUGAAUUGAUUUCCAGAUUCUGUUACAAUAAUGGCAGUAUCACAAUUACUGUCUCAAAUGUGUCAAUCCUCCAUUGCUGUGCAGUAUCUCUUGGGAUGACUUCUUCAUUCAAUCUCUUGCAUCAAACUGAGACAUUUCUUGAAGGAUUGUUUAAUUGGUCGUGGAAAGAUAUUCUCACAUCCCUCAAAGCUUGUGAAACUUUCUUCUCAUUUGCACAUUCUUGUGGACUCAUUCAGAAGCUCAUCAAUUCACUUCUUGCAAAGAUUGCUCAGAAUUCUGAUGUCGGUCUCCUCUUUGCUUCCUCUUCCUCUUCUCCAGAUGCGCGAACCCCUUCUUCAUCAUCUUCUUCUUCUUCAACAAAUAAAUUAGCUUGGUGGUUUGAGGAUAUGACCAUUUUAUCCCCAAGUACAAUAGAGCAGUUUCUCAAGACUUUAGGAGCUUUUGGGAGUGAUAACAACAAUUUAGUCCUAACAAGAUUUGUGCUUCAUUACUUGAAGACAGCAGCCCAUUGUAAAGGUAUUAAUAAGAUAUCAUCAUACACUGGUCUAGCAGAUACAGCAGUUCAUGGGGUGGUUUUGAUGGGAAAGACAGCAUUUUCUUGCAGAAGCUUGUUUUGGGUAUUGAGAAUUGUUUCUGUGUUUGGGCUUGGCAGAGAGUGCAGGUGUAGAUUAGAGAAAUUGAUAGGGGGAUUACUUGAUCAAGCAACCUUAGAUGAUCUACUAAUAUGUGGGAAUAAUGGGGGUGCUUAUGAUGUUAAUAUUGUGGUGAGAUUAAUUAGAUUGUUCGUUCGUCGGGACUCCAAAAUUGGAAUGACGAAAGUUGGAAGGUUAAUAGAUAAGUACUUGAGAGAGAUAGCACCUGACCAAAGCCUUAAAAUCUCAAAGUUCCUUGGGGUAGCAGAGAGCCUACCAGAUUAUGCAAGGGAUACCUAUGAUGGGGUCUACAGAGCCAUUGAUAUCUAUCUUGAGUCUCAUCCAACCCUUCCUUUAGAAGAAAGAUCAAGACUAUGCAGAUGUCUCAACUAUGACAAGCUAAGCCUCGAAGCAUGCAAAGACCUAGCCAAAAACCCCAGAAUCCCACCAAGAAUUGCCGUUCACGCACUUGCUUCUCAGGGUUCAAGUCAGAAUUUUUUCAAGGAAAAAGAUGCAAAAAACAAGACAAGCAUCAGUAAAAAUCAUCAGAUGGUUGUGUACAAGAAACAUGAAAGUGACAUGAGCUCUGGUGCAAGUGAUCAUCGUAAUGAUCAAAGCACGGAUGAAGAAUAUGCAGAGAGUGAGCAUAUGAGACUAAAUCUGCAAAGAAUGCAAUGGAAAGUUGUGGAAUUGGAGAAAGUUUGUAGGGAGAUGAAAGGCCAAAUGUCAAGAAUGGUCAAAACAGGGGCAAUGGCUCCUCCUCCUCACUCUAGAGCUUUACCUAGGCUUUGCUGAAUUCAAUUCUUAACACACACACAAAAAGAAAGAAAAAAAAAAGAUCGAUAUAUAUAUUGAUAAUUUAUAUGUGGCUUUCUUUUUUCCAUUUGUAUGUUGAAAAAGCACGUAUUGUUAAUUUCAUAUUACAAACUAUGUACCUAUAGUUUUCUAUGCAUUCCAAUUCCAAUUUCUGCAUUUCUGUAACUAU